AGACCACAGACUUUACCAACACGCAUGCGAUAUCAUACUUUUAUUCUACUUUCGAAAUGGGUCUUGGUGACAAUGCGUUCCUUUGGCUGAAUUCAUGGAGUUCGACUGCUGGAAUGUUACUUAUAUUUAUUUUAUGGCUUUUUCUUUGGUUAACAAGGCGAGAAGUAGAUGAGGCAGAGAGAAGGACCGGAAUCCCCGCGGCGGGUGGCGCCCUGCCUCUGUUGGGGCAUCUCCCUCAGGUCUUUAAACUGGGAGUUGAUGAUUUUGAAAAGAAAUGGCUACGGAAAAAGAAAUCCAAGCUGCUAUUAUCAUGGUUCGGCAAUUCCCCCAUGAUUACAGUGACUGACCCUGAGGUACUCAAGCAUGUCCUGGUUAAAGAAUUCUCCAACUUUCAUGACAGACCAAGACGGAAUUACCAUAUGACACAACCGCCAAUAAACAAGGGCCUGUUUUUUAAUCAUGGAGAUCAUUGGAAAAGAAUUCGCACAAUCAUCACGCCAACGCUCAGCACUGGGAAGCUUAAAGGCAUGAAUCCCGAUAUCAACAGAUAUUCUGAAAACUUGGCUGAUAAAAUGGAGAAACUGGCUAAAUCGAAAGAAAAAGUCGAAAUCAAAAGGUUGUAUGAAGGCUUCACCCUGGACACUAUAUCAGCGACAGCGUUUGGGUUGGAUGUAGACUGCAUCAACAAUCCUGAUGGUCCUUUCAUCAAGAACAUGCGGAGCAUUUUUGAAAAGGGGAUAGGGGUAUGGAGAAGAAUUUUCUUCACACUUGGAAACAUAUUCCCAACGUUCAUUCCCGUGGUUCGAUAUUUCAAAAUGGAUUACUUUGACAAAGACCACCUUGAUUUCUUCAUCAGACAUUGUCAAGCGAUGAUAGAAGACAGAAAGACAAGGGUCUCUCAGAGGAAAGACUUUCUUCAGUUGAUGGUUGAUGCAGAAUUGGAGGAUAAGUCGACUACAGGUCCCGAAGUUUGCAACGUACCAAACAAAAGGUUGACCAAUGACGAGGUGGUUGCACAGGUGUUCAUGCUUUACCUGGCAGGGCACGAAACCACGGCCAACACGCUGACCUUCGUCUCCUAUGAACUAGCCCUGAACCAGGAAGUUCAAUACAGAGUGAUUCAAGAGAUUCAAGAUCAGAUAGGGGAGAAGGAACCAACCUAUGAAAACACAAACAAACUGAAAUAUAUGGAUCAAGUUAUUAUGGAAACACUCAGAAUGUUCCCACCUCUAACGAGACUGUACCGUGAAAUACAAGAGACGGUGACGAUCGGGAAUUACACAUUUCCAAAGGGAUGGACCGUGGUUGUUCCGGUGUUCAGUAUUCAUCGUGACCCCGAAUACUGGCCUGACCCGGAACGGUUUGAUCCCGGAAGAUUUGAAAAUCCCAAAUCCACUCAGAACAAGUUUUUCUACAUACCAUUUGGUCAAGGUCCCCGGAUUUGCUUAGGAAUGAGACUGGCCCUGUUGGAGCUGAAAGUAUCUCUUGUUCACGUGCUUAAAAGAGUUCGUCUUGUCCCAUGUGAGGAAACACAGAUGUCGUUGAAACCCGUCACCCACAAAGGCACGCUGAUAUCCGUGGAACGACCCAUUCAACUUGGCCUACAGUUGAGACAAAAUGAACAUUAGAGCAUUUGUACAUGUACUGACAUUUUAUUUUAAGCAACCAAUAUUACCCCAAAAUGAUCAGACCAUUCUCGUACAUGACAUUGUAUUUAACCUGGAUCCGCCGUCACAAACUUUGCUUGUCUAAUUAGGUAUAUAAAUUAUCGACCUCGAAUCUAAGUUUUUACCUCAAAAUGUAUAUUUUGACUUGAACUUGAAGGUUGAGUAGAGUAAUUUCAAAAUGUUGGUGACUGCAGUUCUGGAAAAGAAUUCGAAUUUUAUGUUGACAUUAGUUGACAUCUUAUCUGUAAUUACCGGUAUUGUAUACGAGUAAAAGAACUACGCCCACUAACGCCUGAUGAUCGUCCCCUUUAACACUCGUCUAUUUCAGCUGAAUGUAGAUGGGUGAAUAUGGCGUGUAAAAUGUCUAUAUAUAAAGACGGGUUAGAUACUGAAAAAUUAAAAUAUCGACAUUGAAGUUUGAUCAUUUUAAAACAAUCAUUUAACACAAUACAUAUUUAGCAUAUCGUCGAUUUGUGACCUUUAAAUAUGUUUAAUACUUGGAAUAUGUCGAUUUGAACUGGUGUUUGCAUAUCAAAACCUCCAAAAUAGUAUCAUAUUUUUUUUUAGAACUUCUAUGCCUUUUCUUUUAUUUAGUGGGUCUGUAUUUUUGUCAUAGUCUAAAUAAUGGGGGAAAAUCCAUUUCAAUCAACAAAAACGUGGAGAGAUGACCCACUAUACAUUAAAAAUAUCAUUUUGUAUCCAAACAAUUGAACGUUUCAGAAAAAUAAUACAAGUCCAUGAAUUCGUUGCCAAAGUCACAAAGCAUUUAAACAACGUACUUUGUUGUGACUGAAGUAAUUCAGUGUAUAGAGCACCAGGCAUUAUUAAACCUUAUAUAUCUAGGCUAUUAAGGUUGUGGGUUCCGCACCAUGCACCAAUAUUUCUUAUGGUUUGUUAAAAUAUUCAAAACUGCAUGUACAGAUUGUGCUUUUUCAAAACUUGUAUAAAACAUUAUAAAAUAGAUUUAAUUGGAAAAAAAUCAAAUUUUAAUUUGUAUUUUACGACUAAACCCAUAAGUGCCAAAA